GGUCGCCCCGGGGGUCGCCCGCCUUGCCCCUCGCCCCCCGGCCGUCCCCCCAGACAUGCCCCGCCGUGGCGGCCCGGCUCGCCGAGGAUCAUGACUGCGGCAGCGAACUGGGUGGCGAACGGGGCCAGCCUAGAGGACUGUCACUCCAACCUCUUCUCGCUGGCCGAACUCACGGGCAUCAAAUGGCGUAGGUACAACUUUGAAGGCCAUGGGGACUGUGGGCCCAUCAUUUCAGCUCCAGCCCAGGAUGAUCCCAUCCUGCUCAGCUUCAUCCGCUGCCUGCAGGCCAACCUGCUGUGCGUGUGGCGCCGGGACGUCAAACCCGACUGCAAGGAGCUCUGGAUAUUCUGGUGGGGGGACGAGCCCAACCUAGUCGAUGUCAUCCACCGAGAGCUGCACAUGGUGGAAGAAGGAUUCUGGGAGAAUGGACUUUCCUAUGAGUGUAGGACCCUGCUCUUCAAAGCAAUUCAUAAUCUUCUGGAAAGGUGCCUGAUGGAUAAAAACUUCGUAAGAAUUGGGAAAUGGUUCAUACGGCCCUAUGACAAGGAUGAGAAGCCAGUUAAUAAAAGCGAGCACUUGUCGUGUGCCUUCACGUUCUUCCUGCACGGGGAGAGCAACGUGUGCACGAGCGUGGAGAUCGCCCAGCACCAGCCCAUCUACCUGAUCACCGAGGAGCACAUCCAGAUGGCCCAGAACUCCCCCUCGCCCUUCCAAGUGCUGGUGAGCCCUUAUGGCCUGAACGGGACCCUGACGGGCCAGUCGUACAAGAUGUCAGACCCUGCCACUCGGAAGCUGAUGGAGGAGUGGCAGUACUUCUACCCCAUGGUGCUGAAGAAAAAGGAAGGCAUGAAAGAGGAGGAAGAGCUGGGAUAUGACAACGAUUUCCCUGUGGCAGUUGAAGUCAUUGUUGGGGGUGUGAGGAUGGUGUAUCCUUCAGCCUUUGUUCUCAUCUCCCAGAGUGACAUCCCGGUGUCACAGAGCUCUGCCAGUGCUGCAGGCCAUAUAAAUGUGGGACAGCAGGGGCUUGGAAGCGUGAAGGAUCCUGUCAGUACCUGUGGGAUGCCCCUGACUCCCCCCACCUCUCCAGAGCAGGCUGUUAUGGGAGAAAGUGGCUGCUCUCAGAGCAGCAUCAGCCACCCAGCUGUGCAGGAGGGGACAGUCAGUGUCCACAGUCCAAAGAAAUCAAGCAAGAUCACUCCCAAAUUUCACAACCGUAUUGUUCACCGCGUGUGGAAGGAAUGCAUCCUCAACAGGGCACAGUCCAAGAGGAAUCAAAUUACAGCUGCAAAUUUGGAGGAGGAAGUUCCUAACAAUAGUGUUUCAUGGGAUUUUGUGGAUCCAGUCCAAAGAGUCAGUUGUUCUUGUUCCAGGCACAAGGUGUUCAAGCAGCGCUGCGCCGGUGCCUCGGGCCGGCCCCCCACGCUGCCCCAGCCCGGCUUCCCCGUGGGGACGGCGGCGGCCUCGGCACUGCCCCCUCCUGCCUCCUCAAAGCACAAAACCACCGAGCGGCAGGACAAGGGAGAGAAACUGCAGAAAAGGCCCCUGAUGCCGUUCCACCAUCGGCCCUCGGUGACUGAAGAGCUCUGCAUGGAGCAGGAGGCGGCCGGGCAGAAGCUGGGCCUGGCCGGGAUGGAGGCCGCCCUGGAAGUCCCCAGUUCCAGGAAAUACGAGAAGCCGCUCUCGCUACCUACUAGAAAUGCAAGCAAGCAAAUGAAUAUGAAUCCUAUGGAUUCACCCCAUUCCCCCACUUCCCCUCUGCCUCCCACCCUGAGCCCCCAGCCCAGAGGUCAGGAGGCAGAGAACCUGGACCCCCCUUCCGUUCCUGUGAACCCAGCGCUCUACGGCAGCGGGCUGGAGCUGCAGCCACUGCCCAGCUUAGAUGACAGGACAGUCGUGGUGGGACAGAGGUUACCUCUGAUGGCAGAGGUCAGUGAGACAGCCUUGUACUGUGGCGUAACUCAGAGCAACGAGGCCGUGGACGUGUGGAGGACCUAUAGUGUCCCUUCGAGUGACGACCCCAUGUUCCGGCCUCCGGAGCUGCCGUGUGAGAGGUAUGAUGGCAGGAUGGAGAUCAACCCCGACAGCACUGCACUGAAAAGGCUCUUAGCACAACCUAAUAAACGGUUUAAAAUUUUGGAAGAGCAGAAACCAGUGCAGACCUUGAACUAUCUUGACCCCUUGCCUCUACUACAACCCCCUGGAGAAGGCUGGGGGGACACCAGUGAUCCUUACACCUUCGAAGAUGGAGACAUCAAGUACAGUUUCACUGGCAAUAAAAAAUGUAAACUUGGGGCUGAGAAAGAUCCUUUGAAAAAGAACAAGUCAGAAGAUGGGAUUGGUUCCAAGGAAAUUCCCCCAACGGGCCAUUCCACACCAGUUCCUGAUGGAAAAGAUGCCAUGUCCAUUUUCAGUUCUGCUCCUAAGACUGACCCGCGGCAGGAGGGCGCUGCCGGCAGGGCCGGCUCCGGCAGCCUCACCCAGGUCACCGACCUGGCCCCGUCCCUGCACGACCUCGACAACAUCUUCGACAACUCCGACGAGGAUGAGCUUGGGGCCGUGUCCCCAGCCCUGCGCUCCUCCAAGCUGCCGGCAGCGGGCUCCGAGGAGCGGCCGCUGGGCAAGGACGGCCGGACUGCGGUUCCCUAUCCUCCCACUGUGGCAGAUCUCCAAAGGAUGUUCCCAACACCACCCUCUUUAGAACAGCACCCUGCCUUCUCCCCAGUGAUGAAUUACAAAGAUGGAAUAAGUUCAGAGACUGUGACUGCCUUGGGAAUGAUGGAGAGUCCUAUGGUCAACAUGGUUCCAACACAGCUGGCUGAGUUUAAAAUGGAGGUGGAGGAUGGAUUAGGUAGCCCUAAACCUGAAGAAAUUAAGGAUUUUUCGUAUGUGCACAAAGUUCCAUCAUUUCAACCUUUCGUGGGCUCUUCCCUGUUUGCUCCACUGAAGAUCCUGCCCAGCCAGUGCCUCCUACCUCUGAAGAUUCCAGAUGCCUGCAUCUUCAGGCCUUCUUGGGCUGUCCCUCCAAAAAUUGAACAACUUCCAUUGCCACCUGCAGCCACUUUCAUCAGAGAUGGCUACAACAACGUGCCCAGCGUGGGCAGCCUGGCGGACCAGGACUACCUGCAGAUGAGCACGCCCCAGAUGAGCACGCCGGUGACGCUCAACAGCGCGGCCCCCGCCAGCAACAGCGGCGCGGGGGUGCUGCCGUCGCCGGCCACGCCGCGCUUCUCGGUGCCCACGCCGCGCACGCCGCGCACGCCCAGGACUCCCCGGGGCGGGGGCACCGCCAGCGGCCAGGGCUCCGUCAAGUACGACAGCACGGACCAGGGCUCCCCCGCCUCCACCCCCUCCACCACGCGGCCGCUCAACUCGGUGGAGCCGGGCACGGUGCAGCCCAUCCCGGAGGCGCACAGCCUCUACGUGACCCUCAUCCUCUCCGACUCCGUGCUCAACAUCUUCAAGGACAGGAACUUCGACAGCUGCUGCAUCUGCGCCUGCAACAUGAACAUCAAGGGCGCCGAUGUGGGGCUGUACAUCCCCGACUCGUCCAACGAGGAUCAGUACCGCUGCACCUGCGGCUUCAGCGCCAUCAUGAACCGCAAGCUCGGCUACAACUCCGGGCUCUUCAUCGAGGACGAGCUGGAUAUUUUCGGCAAGACCUCGGACAUCGGCCAGGCUGCAGAAAGGCGACUGAUGAUCUGCCAGAGCAACCUGAUCUCGCAGAUGGGAGAGGGAGCCAGGAGGAGCCAGGAGCCUCCCAUGAGCCUCCUGCUGCUGCUGCAGAACCAGCACACGCAGCCCUUCACCUCGCUGAGCUGCCUGGAUUACAUGGCCUCCAACAACCGCCAGACGCUGCCCUGUGUCAACCUGAGCUAUGACCGGCUGCAGGCUGACAGCAACGACUCCUGGGUGGAAUGUUUCAAUGCCCUGGAGCAGGGCAGGCAGUACGUGGACAACCCCACGGGGGGCAAGGUGGAUGAAGCCCUUGUCCGAAGUGCCACUGUCCAUUCCUGGCCUCACAGCAACGUGCUGGACAUCAGCAUGCUCUCCUCCCAGGACGUGGUGCGCAUGCUGCUCUCCCUGCAGCCCUUUCUCCAGGAUGCCAUCCAGAAGAAGAGGACAGGAAGGACCUGGGAGAACAUCCAGCACGUGCAGGGACCACUCACCUGGCAGCAAUUCCAUAAGAUGGCAGGACGGGGGACCUAUGGCUCUGAGGAAUCUCCUGAGCCUCUCCCGAUCCCGACGCUGCUGGUGGGCUAUGACAAGGACUUCCUGACAAUCUCUCCCUUCUCCCUGCCCUUCUGGGAGAGGCUCCUGCUGGACCCCUACGGGGGCCACAGGGAUGUCGCCUACAUCGUGGUGUGUCCGGAAAAUGAGGCCUUGCUCGACGGAGCCAAAACUUUCUUCAGGGACUUGAGUGCUGUAUACGAGAUGUGCAGACUUGGGCAGCACAAGCCCAUCUGCAAAGUACUGCGGGACGGGAUCAUGCGGGUGGGCAAGAGCGUGGCGCAGAAGCUGACGGACGAGCUGGUGAGCGAGUGGUUCAGCCAGCCCUGGGGCUCCGAGGACUGUGACAAUCAUUCCAGGCUCAAGCUCUACGCGCAGGUCUGCCGCCAUCACCUCGCACCUUACUUGGCCACCCUGCAGCUGGACAGCAGCCUUCUGCUGCCCCCCAAGUACCAAACGCCGGCUCCGAGCCAGCCGCAGGCAGCUCCCGGGAGCUCGGGGCCCGCUCCCUCCAGCUCCUCCUCGUGUCUCUCGGCCGCCGCUGGGGCCCCUGCCACGGGCAGCUCCUUCAGCUCCACGCCCAGCGCGGGCACCACGAGCCUUCCGGCGGGCAGCGCGUCCUCCUCGGGCUCCUCGGUGCCACAGCUGUCAGCGUCCUCUGCCACGCCCGGCGCCAGCCAGAUGGGCGCCUCCUCCACGCCGGGCUUCAGCGGCAAUGCCGGCUCGGGGCAGAGCAGCAGCGCCGCCGGAGGCUCCGCCGAGCGCUCGCAGGGCAGCGCGGGCACCGGGGCGGACACCGAGCCCGGCCCCAACCUGCCACAGCAGCAGCAAGAGGGACAGGAGGGCACGUCGGAGCGGGAGCGGAUCGGGAUCCCCACGGAGCCGGACGCUGCCGACAGCAACGCCUACCCCCCUGCUGUGGUCAUCUACAUGGUGGAUCCCUUCACCUACACUGCCGACGAGGAGUCUGCCUCCACCAACUUCUGGCUCCUGAGCCUCAUGAGAUGCUACACAGAAAUGUUGGACAAUUUGCCUGAGAAUAUGAGGAAUUCUUUCAUUCUCCAGAUUGUGCCUUGCCAGUACAUGCUGCAGACAAUGAAGGAUGAACAGGUUUUUUACAUUCAGCACUUGAAGUCUCUGGCAUUCUCUGUGUACUGCCAGUGCAGGAGGCCCCUGCCCACACAGAUCCACAUCAAGUCCCUCACAGGCUUUGGGCCAGCUGCCAGCAUUGAGAUGACCCUCAAAAACCCUGAGAGGCCCAGCCCAAUCCAGCUGUACUCACCUCCUUUCAUCCUGGCCCCCAUCAAAGACAAGCAGACAGAGCUGGGAGAGACGUUUGGAGAGGCCAGCCAGAAAUACAACGUGCUCUUUGUGGGGUACUGCCUGUCCCACGACCAGCGCUGGCUCCUGGCGUCCUGCACCGACCUGCACGGGGAGCUGCUGGAGACCUGCAUUGUCAACAUCGACCUGCCCAGCAGGUCAAGGAGGAGCAAGCUGUCUGCCCGGAAGAUCGGGCUGCAGAAGCUCUGGGAGUGGUGCAUUGGCAUUGUCCAGAUGACAUCCCUGCCCUGGAGAGUCGUCAUCGGCCGCCUGGGCCGCCUGGGCCACGGGGAGCUGAAAGACUGGAGUAUCCUGCUCGGGGAGUGCUCCCUGCAGACAAUCAGCAAACAGCUGAAGGAGGUUUGCCGCAUGUGUGGCAUCUCUGCAGCAGAUUCCCCCUCCAUCCUCAGUGCCUGCCUCGUUGCCAUGGAGCCACAGGGAUCAUUCGUGGUGAUGCCAGACGCGGUGACGAUGGGCUCGGUGUUCGGGCGCAGCACGGCGCUGAACCUGCAGUCGUCCCAGCUCAACACCCCCCAGGACGCCUCCUGCACACACAUCCUGGUGUUCCCCACCUCUGCCACCAUCCAGGUGGCACCUGCAAAUUACCCCAACGAGGAUGGCUUCAGCCCCACCAACGAUGACAUGUUUGACCUCCCAUUCCCAGAUGACAUGGACAAUGACAUUAGAAUUUUGAUAACAGGGAAUCUUCACUCUUCACCAAAUUCCUCCCCAGUUCCUUCCCCUGGAUCACCAUCUGGCACUGGAGUGGGAUCUCACUACCAUCACAGCAGGAGCCAAGGUGAACGUCUCCUCUCCAGAGAAGCCCCCGAGGAGCUGAAGCAGCAGCCCCUGGCUCUGGGUUACUUUGUGUCAACUGCCAAAGCGGAGAACCUCCCGCAGUGGUUCUGGUCCUCCUGUCCUCAGGCACAGAACCAGUGUCCCCUCUUCCUGAAGGCCUCUCUCCAUCACCACAUCUCUGUAGCGCAGACAGACGAGCUUCUACCUGCCAGAAAUUCUCAGCGAGUUCCUCACCCCCUCGACUCUAAAACUACAUCAGAUGUCUUGAGGUUCGUGCUGGAGCAGUACAACGCCCUGUCCUGGCUCACGUGUAACCCGGCCACGCAGGACCGCAGCUCCUGCCUGCCCGUGCACUUCGUGGUGCUCACCCAGCUCUACAACGCCAUCAUGAACAUCCUGUAGGACACACAAGCACUUGUUCUUCUGGCUGCUUCUCCCCUCCGCCCAGGAACGUGCCACGACCUGCAAAGAGCUCCGUUUGCUUCUCUUCAGACCAGUCCUGUGCUGUGCUUCUGUUCCUCCAAAAGCACAUGUGAAUUCUGCAGUGUUCAAAACUAAACUACCCAUUAACAUCUCUGGCAGCUUCAGUCCAAAAUCUGGGAACAUCC